CAGUUUACUUGACAGUUUUAUUCAGUCAGUCGAAAAAUGGCUCGACGGACGUGGCAUAUGUUUACUGUGAUAACACUAAUAUUUACGAUUUUAUCACUCGUUGGGGAUGUAAAUACUUCAUCACCGGCACCAUGGUACGAGAACCUGCCCGCGGUGACCAUGGACUACAAAGUUCACAUCGACGCGGGCAAAGAAGACUGUUACUUUCAAUACGUGCAGCCGGGAGCCACAUUUUACGCCAGCUAUCAGGUGUUGAAAGGAGGUGAUGGCAUGUGCGGGUUCGCGGUGCGGCACCCUAACGGGCAGAUCGUGCACCCGUACGAGUGGCGGCAGAGUGCGGAGUACGCGGACCAGUCGUCGUCGGGGGGCUACUACUCCGUGUGUAUCGACAACCAGUUCUCGCGGUUCGCGGGCAAGCUGGUCAACCUGUACCUGUCGGUGAUCCGCUACGACAUGUGGGAGAAGUACGCCAAGGAGGUUGAGGAGCUGGACAUGAACAUUAAGAACUUUACUUCAUCUAUCCAGCUGGUGGAGCGCAACAUUAAUGACAUCCUGCAGUACCAGUACCACUCGCGCGCGCGCGAGUCCCGCGACUACAACCUGUUGCAGGACAACAACACUUAUGUGCUCAGGUGGUCAUUCAUCCAGAUCCUGGCCAUCACAGCAACAGGGACAUUACAAGUUUACUUUUUAAGGAAACUCUUCGAAGUUAAGGACAACUCUUCAAAAACGAGAAUAUAAAUAGAAUAUAAAAGAAUUACAACUCAGAUGAAACAGCCUAUUCACUUGCGCCGCUCUAGGCCUUAUCAGGGUUAGACACAACACAUGUGAACAUUAGUCAUAAAUGUGUAGACUGUUUUGUCUUGACGUUUAUUUUGUAAAAAUGCAUUUGUUAUCAGAAUUUUAAUUUGUUGACUGACUCUAACAUUCCUUCUUGAUUAAUUUCCAAUAAUGGGUACUAAUUGUGGCAUGAAUUGAUUUACUUUUUGAUUAUUCUAUUAUUUUGAUAUAAUAGAAUAAUCAAAAAUUUUCUCUCUUGCAAGGGAUUGAUGAUUUGUUAUACAUAUAAAAUGUUUUACAAGCUAGUCUGAGAAAAUCACUUUGUGCUCAUUAGUCUUACUUAAUAAUCAUCGAUACUGUUUCUUUAUGGGUCAUAUGCUAUUUCAUGUUUGAAUGCUAAGAAAUCUAUGGACUGUCAAAGAGGUAACGAAUAGUAUAUCAAUUUCACGUUUCGUAUAAUAAUUUAUGAUAAUAUCCACUCUAACCUACUCAAAGUAAGAUUAUUUCUGCUACUCUAUAGUUUUAACAAUGUUUACUGAAGCACAUUGAAUUAUUUUAAGACUAAGAUCUGCUUUUUACUUUUAUAUUUUUUAUAAGGACAGUACAAUUUCCAAGGUACACAAUAUCUGCUGUUCCUUUGUU